CAGUAGACCUCUUGAAGAUUUUAGAUUUUCACAAUUUACCGGAGGGUGUUACGAAAACAACAGGAUUUUGCACACAUCGGCGGUCAACACAAGGAUCUGAUGAAGCCUACCGAGUAUCCAAGGAUGCCCAGCUCUCUGCGCCCACCAAACAACUCUAUUCAGGUGAUGUGUUCCCAGAAGACUUUUCCAUCUUGGCCACAGUGAAGCCAAAGAAGGGCAGCCAGUCUUUCCUGUUGUCUGUGUACAAUGAGCAGGGCAUCCAGCAGCUGGGCCUGGAGGUCGGCCGCUCCCCUGUAUUCCUCUAUGAGGACCAAACAGGCAAACCCAGCCCUGAGGACUACCCGCUCUUCAGAGGAGUCAAUCUCGCCGAUGGAAAGUGGCAUCGGGUGGCCAUCAGUGUGCACAAACAGAGCAUCACUCUCAUUUUGGACUGUAAAAAGAAGACCACACAGAAACUGCUCCGAAGCCCCAACCCCAUUAUUGACACCAAAGGAAUUAUUGUGUUUGGAACUAGGAUACUUGAUGAAGAGGUUUUUGAGGGAGACAUUCAGCAGCUAAUGAUUGUAGCAGACCACCGUGCUGCCUAUGACUACUGUGAGCACUACAGCCCCGAUUGUGAAGUGGCGGUACCAGACCAGCCUCAGAACCAAGACCCCAACACAGAUGAUUACAACACAGAAGAAACAGAUGAUCCCUACUACUACGAAUAUCCCUACUAUGGAGAUGUGGAUGGCAAAGUUUAUGAAUCCACCACUGAUGCAGAGGAGCCAACCGCAGAUGCAAUUAAGGUGACUGAUUCCGACAGCGUGGUGACCAAAGUGGAGGAGGUUAUACGAGGCGGCUCUAGUAGCACCGGUGCUAAAGUAACCUCCUCCGGCUCGUCAUCGUCCGGUUCUUCUAGCAGCUCCUCAUCUUCAACCACGUCAACGACGGGAGACGACAACUAUGCGGAGGAAACCAGUCCCUACGACAGCUACGACAGUUACGACACCUACUACGACGAAUCUACACCCGCUCCAGAGAAGGACUCGACCCGCUUCACCAUCACCAACAUUGACAGCGGAGGGGACAUCGACUUGGGCGCUGGGUCAAAGGUCGCACUUGAAACAGAGAGCGUCGUGGGAGGCGGAGGAGGAACGUUCACCGUAACAACCAACAAGACAACAGCCGGAGGCGCCUAUGACGACUACGGUGGAUACGACUACGGCGACGGCUCUUACACGACGGGUGGAGGCGGCGGCUCUUCUGUCCACAUUGGAGGUGGAGGCGGCAGCAGUUCCACCAUCACUCUUGGAGGAGGUUCUACAGGCGGCAGUUCUGUCUCGGUUGGAGGUGGUUCCGUCUCAGUUGGAGGUGGCACCAUUUCCGUCGGGGGAGGCUCUGUGUCUGUAGGAAGUUCUUCUUCCACUGGGACGGGCUCAGCGAGUGCCGGCGCGGGAGCUGGUGGGUCUGUAGCCACGGGAACCGGAUUGGGAAUCGAUGGCGAGCUCGACUAUGAUAUUGAGAAAUUCAAGGAGGAGGACAUUAAUUAUUCUGAUAGCGAGCUGGAUGCAUAUGGUGCCUAUGAUGAUCUGGAUUAUGGACACAAAGAAAAAGAGCUCCCAGCUGAGACUGAUGAAUAUUAUGGACAGAUUGAUGGUGCCCGUGGUGAAAAGGGGCAGAAGGGUGAGCCCGCUGUCAUUGAGCCAGGAAUGCUGGUUGAAGGUCCACCAGGGCCUGAAGGACCAACAGGUCUCCCUGGACCCCCAGGUUCUUCUGGUUCUCCAGGCAGUCCUGGGGAUCCUGGAGAGAGGGGUGAUCCAGGUCGGCCUGGUCUUCCCGGGGCUGAUGGUUUACCAGGACCUCCGGGAACUGUCCUCAUGUUACCUUUCAGGUUCAGUGCUGGAGGUGACUCUGGACAAAAGGGACCUGCAAUGUCAGCUCAAGAAGCCCAGAUGCAAGCCAUAAUGCAGCAGGCCAGGCUGGCAAUGAGAGGCCCAACUGGUCCAAUGGGUUUAACGGGUCGUCCUGGUCCACUUGGACCUCCUGGUGUACCAGGUCUGAAGGGAGAGUCAGGAGAAGCCGGACCACAGGGACCCAGAGGACCCAUGGGCUCUCCAGGACCUCCUGGAAAACCAGGCCGAAGGGGUCGAUCUGGAGCUGAUGGUGCUAGAGGCAUGCCAGGACAGUCUGGACCAAAGGGAGACAGGGGCUUUGAUGGCCUGGCUGGGCUUCCUGGUGAAAAAGGACACAGAGGUGAACCAGGUCCUGCGGGGCCCCCUGGUGCACCUGGUGAGGAUGGAGAAAGGGGAGAUGAUGGAGAGAUCGGACCCAGGGGACUUCCUGGUGAACCAGGGCCCCGUGGUUUGCUGGGACCAAAAGGACCUCAAGGACCUUCUGGACCCCCUGGCGUGACUGGAUCAGAUGGACCACCUGGACCAAAAGGAAAUAUUGGCCCUCAGGGAGAACCAGGACCCCCGGGACAGCAGGGAAAUCCAGGUGCUCAGGGACUCCCAGGACCACAGGGAGCAAUCGGACCCCCGGGGGAGAAGGGUCCCACAGGAAAACCAGGUCUACCAGGAAUGCCAGGAGCUGAUGGUCCACCAGGUCAUCCUGGAAAGGAAGGGCCUCCUGGAGAAAAGGGACACUUGGGUCCUUCUGGUCCUCAAGGUCCCAUCGGUUACCCUGGCCCUCGCGGUGUAAAGGGAGCUGAUGGUGUGCGAGGCCUAAAAGGAAACAAGGGUGAGAAAGGAGAAGACGGCUUCCCAGGAUUUAAAGGAGAUAUGGGCAUCAAGGGCGACAGGGGUGAACUUGGGCCAGCUGGACCGAGGGGAGAAGAUGGGCCUGAAGGUCCAAAGGGUCGUUCAGGUCUUCCAGGAGACCCAGGGCCACUUGGAGCAACUGGUGAGAAGGGUAAGCUUGGUGUUCCUGGGCUGCCUGGAUAUCCUGGAAGACAAGGACCAAAGGGAUCUCAAGGUUUCCAAGGCUUCCCUGGUGCCAAUGGGGAGAAAGGAACUCGAGGAACAGGAGGAAAGCCUGGCCCACGCGGACAGAGAGGACCAACGGGGCCUCGGGGAGAGAGAGGGCCAAGAGGACCAACAGGAAAAGCAGGACCAAAGGGUAACUCUGGAAAUGAUGGUCCACCAGGACCUCCUGGUGAGAGGGGUCUGCCUGGACCUCAAGGCCCAACAGGAUUCCCUGGCCCAAAAGGACCUCCUGGACCUCCAGGCAAAGAUGGACUUCCUGGACAUCCUGGGCAGAGAGGAGAGACUGGUUUCCAAGGAAAGACUGGCCCUCCUGGGCCACCAGGUGUGGUUGGACCUCAGGGGCCAACGGGUGAGACAGGGCAAAUGGGUGACCGGGGUCACCCUGGACCCCCUGGCCCUCCCGGUGAACAGGGUCUACCAGGAGCUGCUGGAAAAGAAGGUGCUAAGGGUGAUCCUGGUCCUGCUGGCCCUGCUGGUAAAGACGGACCUCCUGGGCCAAGAGGUUUCCCUGGAGAGAGAGGCCUGCCUGGUCCUGUGGGAGCUCAUGGACUGAAAGGAAAUGAAGGUCCUCAUGGCCCACCUGGCCCUGCAGGUUCUCCUGGUGAACGUGGUCCAGCUGGUCCUGCAGGACCUACUGGGCUUCCUGGACGUCCCGGCCCUCAGGGUCCACCAGGGCCCGCUGGAGAGAAGGGCGGACCGGGUGAAAAAGGACCUCAAGGCCCAGCUGGAAGAGACGGUAUUCAGGGACCAGUAGGUCUUCCUGGACCUGGAGGUCCUCCUGGACCACCUGGGGAGGAUGGAGACAAGGGUGAAAUAGGAGAACCAGGCCAAAAGGGAAGCAAGGGUGACAAAGGAGAACAUGGUCCCCCAGGUCCAACUGGCCCGCAGGGACCUGUCGGAGCACCUGGUCCUGCGGGGGCAGACGGAGAGCCUGGUCCCAGAGGACAGCAGGGUCUGUUUGGCCAGAAGGGAGAUGAGGGGACAAGAGGUUUCCCUGGACCUCCUGGCCCAGUCGGACUGCAGGGUUUGCCAGGUCCACCCGGUGAGAAAGGUGAAACUGGAGAUGCUGGUAAACAGGGUCCACCUGGCCCGCCAGGGCCCAGAGGGCCAUCUGGGCCUCCUGGAGCUGAUGGCCCUCAAGGACCUCCUGGUGGUAUCGGAAAUCCUGGAGCUGUUGGAGAAAAGGGAGAUUCUGGUGAACCUGGAGAGCCUGGACUUCAAGGAGAAGUUGGCCCUCCAGGAUCAAGAGGAGAACGAGGAGAGAAGGGUGAGGCGGGUCCUGCUGGCACAGCUGGACCUCCUGGCCCCAAAGGUCCCCCUGGAGAUGAUGGUCCCAAAGGAAGUCCGGGCCCAAGUGGUUUCCCUGGUGACCCUGGUCCACCCGGAGAGCCUGGUCCUGCUGGGUUAGAUGGUCCACCAGGAGACAAGGGAGAUGAUGGAGAACCUGGUCAACCAGGUUCUCCUGGACCAACUGGAGAGUCUGGUCCCUCUGGACCACCAGGCAAACGGGGGCCUCCUGGACCUGCUGGACCAGAGGGCCGACAAGGCGAGAAAGGAGCCAAGGGAGAGCCAGGUUUGGAGGGUCCCCAGGGAAAGACUGGUCCUGUAGGUCCCCAAGGUUCACCUGGAAAACCUGGCUCUGAGGGUCUCAGAGGAAUUCCGGGCCCAGUUGGUGAACAAGGCCUUCCUGGUGCCCCAGGGCCAGAUGGGCCUCCUGGACCUAUGGGUCCUCCAGGUUUACCAGGCAUGAAAGGAGACUCAGGUGUUAAAGGUGAAAAAGGCCAUCCGGGUCUCAUAGGUCUAAUAGGACCCCCAGGUGAACAGGGAGAAAAGGGUGACCGGGGUCUUCCUGGUCCUUCGGGAACAUCAGGUCCUAAAGGAGAUAACGGUAUUGCUGGUCCGCCCGGUCCUCUUGGUCCAAUUGGUCCACCUGGAUUACCUGGCCCCCCUGGUCCCAAAGGAGCCAAGGGAUCCUCUGGCCAAACAGGACCAAAGGGAGAAACUGGAACACCUGGACCACCAGGUCCACCUGGCCCUCCUGGUGAUGUUAUCCAUCCACUGCCUAUCCACGCCUCUAUGAAAGGCAGAACACGAAGACACAUAGAUGCCAGCCAGAUAGUGGAUGAUGCCCCUGUAGACGCCAAUUACAAGGACUAUGAUGACGGCAUGGAGGAGAUCUUUGGAUCACUGAACUCUUUAAAACUUGAGAUUGAGCAGAUGAAGCAUCCACUGGGAACACAAGGCAACCCUGCACGGACCUGCAAGGACCUGCAGCUCUGCCACCCUGACUUCCCAGAUGGUGAAUACUGGAUUGAUCCAAACCAGGGCUGCUCUCGAGACUCCUUCAAGGUGUAUUGCAACUUCACAGCAGGAGGGGAAAGCUGCAUAUUCCCAGAUAAAAAAUCUGAAGGGAGCAAAAUGGCAAAAUGGCCCAAAGACACACCGGGCACAUGGUAUAGUCACUACAAGCGAGGUUCCCUGCUCUCCUACGUGGACGCAGAGGGAAACCCCAUCGGAGUGGUCCAGAUGACCUUCCUGCGGUUACUGAGCGCAGCAGCGAGACAGAACCUGACGUACAACUGCUACCAGACUGUGGCCUGGCACGACCAGGAGCAGGACAAUUACGACAAGGCCAUCCGCUUCCUGGGCUCCAACGAUGAGGAGAUGUCAUAUGAUAACAACCCCUUCAUGCACGCUCUAGUCGAUGGAUGUGCAUUGAAAAAGGGUUAUGAAAAAACAGUACUUGAGAUCAACACACCAAAGGUGGAACAAGUGCCUUUUGUGGAUAUCAUGUUUAAUGACUUUGGCGGCUCCACGCAGAAGUUCGGUUUUGAAGUGGGCCCAGCCUGUUUCAUCGGCUAAGACUGUUUACUGUGUGAAUGGAGGAAAAAAGCAUAUUUGUUUUCUCAGAAAAACAAUUUAAAACUAGGACAAUUCUAUUUGUAAAAAAGUACCUUCUCCUUAAAACAACAAGUAUGAGUACAAUGAAAUCAAUGAGACAAAGGUGAUAUUUUAAAAGAAUAGAGGAAAGUGAAAAAGAGCAACCUUGAAACCUCAGUGUGCCUUCUCCAUCACAUGCAAGUUUUGAAACUGGAUGUCAGGUCAUGUCCCUCUCAUUUCAACUCUCUGUCCAGGAAGGCAGCACUGUGAGCUGCUGCUGUCUGAUGGCCGCACUGUUUACUGUGGACUUAAUAUCACUGAUAUCUCACCUGAUAUCACUCUUUACAUCAGACCUGCGUCUCUUCACAUGGCUUCUACACGUUUUGGUGUUCGCUCAUUCUCCACGGGAGCUUUGUUUGUGCAUAAUGAUCUUCCAAUUAUCUUGAAAUGGACCUUAUAUAUAAAUAUAUAUAAAUAAUUUUAUGUUUGUAAGUACAUUCUGUAUAUUUUUCCUGGUUAAGUGUGUUGUUUCUGGCUUCAAAACAUGCAUGUGACUUUAUCUUUGGAAGGUAAGGAAUCAACUGGGAAAGUAGCAUUCAAUUUUAGAAAUAUGAAAUACUUCAAUUGUUAAUUAGAACGAAACAAAAAUGAGGAAGUCCUCUCUUGUUGCAGGUGUGGAGAACGGCUUGUUGUAAUUUAAGAACAGAAUACAAAUAAAACACAUUCAAGUUCUGUGACAGUAUGUGACAAUUGAUUUCCAAAGAAAAAAAUACAUUCCUUCUUUUCGUCCCUGAGUAUUAUCCCUGUUCCAAUGGGAGUUUAAGUUAAUAAAUGUCGGACUAGGCAGAUGAGGUCACAGUUCACUAAAACACAGACCACACAGGUGCUAUUUUCUCUCUUCUGUGGUGCUAUGUAAUAUUUUCUAUUUUGUACUGUCUGAUUGAAAUUGUAGAUGACUGCCCUUUCACUAUUGUUGAGCUGCAUUGCUGUGGUGUGUGCAUGCCACUUGCCUGCCUAUCUACAUACUGGCCAGUGCAACUUGUCCAGAGUGUACCUGCUUCGGUGACCCGUAUUUGGCGAAUGGCAAAUGAUGAUGUUGGUUUUGAUUAUGGCUGUUUCAAGAUGCUGCAUUCUGGGCUUGUCGCUGGCUGGUAUGUGCCCGUCAUCGGUGCCACAACAAGGAGUGGACGUGCCAAAUUGAUUUUCCCCAAACCCUUCCAACCAAAGUGUUUCGUGUAUAUUUUAAAAUCUAUUUUUGUAUGUAAAAACUACUUGGAAAAAAAAGAAUCUGUACUUAUUAAUGAAUCAAUAAAUGUCACCAAAUUAGCGACGCAAAUACGUAUGUAACACCAAAUACUGCUUGUUGUGCUCCUUUUGCCAUGUUCUGAUGCUCAAUUUAAACUAUGCACUCUUUUUGCUUAUGACCACUAGUAUUGACCACAGAGUUGACCCCCUGCAUAGGAUUGCUUUUUUAACAUAAAAUGAGAGACUUGAACAGUGUCUGUUUAGUGAACUCCAUGCUUGUAGAUUCCUGGUAUUAUUUUUCAUUGUCAUGCAGUACGCUCUUAAUCAGACAGAUCCUUUUGUAAAUUUCUCAAACCAGCCAAGGCUGCCAUCGUUUCUGGUGUUUGUAGAUUUCUAUGUGGUUGUUUGUUUGUUUGUUUUCACAAUCUUGUCAAACCUGUGUAAGAAUAGGAGGAUAAAAGAUAUUUGGUUUUUAUGUCAAUAAAUUCAAGUUUACUGUGGCCAUCCACUCUUGUAUGUCUUUUGAAGCAUUAAACCCUAUCUGUAUGCAUGAAACUGUAAAGUUUUUUUCUCUUGUUAUAUUGUGCCAUGACAUGAUCUCAUGUUCAUGUUUUCUAAUCAGGAUAUAGCGGCUUUUCCAUUGCUACCGAUAAACCAAAGGAUCAUGUCCAAAAUUGUGAAGUGCAGAGAAAAUGAUGAACUUGUAACUCUACCAAAGACAAUGUUUUUGUAGUAUAUUUAUUGUACUAUUUAAAAUCAAUAAAUGUAAAAUGAGACCAUA